AUAAUCCUGCAGAUAGUGAAGAAAGUGAAGAUGAAGUCUCGCUUGAAGAUCUGUUGCUUAAAGAACUUUCUAAAAAUAUUGAAGACCUUAAUUUUUCAAACCCUAUGCGAGUAGAAGAGUACUUGAAUAAUCCUGACAAAGAUAUUGUUUACAAAAUACCUGACGAUGAUCAAAUUAUUUCAGACCUUGUCGAAACAUUCAGAGAAAGAUCUGGCGAAAUAGAAAAUAAUCCCGAAGAAGUAGACGAUAGUGUUGAAGAAGAAAUCAUAAUUAGUGUUAUUGAAAAAUUCAUCAAUGUAAAAAAAAAAGAUUCGAUGAAGCAAUCUACGAUUAGUCGAUAUUUUAAUGAAGUAUCACAAUCGACAGAUCAAGAUGAUUGGAUGGAAAUUUUUGCUUAA